CCUUCCGACUUCUAGUGCCGUGUUCCAGUACCAUUGUGUCUGCUGUGGAUUUUGGAUAGCGUUGUUCGGCAUCUUCUGUCAUCCUUGCUUGCUCAGGUUGGCUUCCCUCUCCAAACCUGGUGUCGACUUUUGUCCACUCACCGCCUGCCCAUAUGCGGCCAUGGCAGUCAAUGCCCUUGCUGGUUUGCAGCCAGCUAUGCCCAUCGGAUUGCUGACUCAGCUAUACAUUUCUGAACAUUUUACAGUUUGUCCCAUAAUUUUAAAUUAUGAAUGGACAGUGGUCCACAUCCAACCCUCACUCGGUACCGACACCGCGCGGACGAAUACUGGUAUCGGCUGAGUACCGUGAGCUGGAUCACCGGAGCGGUGGAGAUGAUUCUGACGAGGUCGGAGAGGUAGACGUUGCCUCUCCGACACUGUUUUCAAUGCCCACCCGAUCUCAGGCUCCCCCCAGAUCGCUGUUUUCGUGUGACCCCAGUUGAAUGGUCAGUAAAGUUGGCAGUUCGGACAGGAUUGUAAUGGGGAUCCUCGCUGCAUUGGUUUUCUGCAAAACAUUCCAAGGCUUCGUUGAGCGAGUUUCAAGUGGUUUCGAAUUGUUUAUGUUAGAAUUAUGCUGCUGGGUGCUGGGGUGGGUCAAAUCUCACAUUUCUGGUCGAGCGUUGCCACGUUGGCCCAAUGAUCGAACAGGAACGGCCUUGGACUCUCAUCCUACGCUACUGUGGGGCCCUUCCGUCGCUCUUGCCCAAUGCCGCGUUUUGGGUGGUGCUUCACUUUCCCGUUCGUCUUCAGCCCCCCGCUUCUUAUUGUCCACGUCUCGGGAGAUGUGUCUGUGUCUGUCGGUAAAGAUUCUGCGUCGGUGGCUUCCUUCUUUCAUGGUUUGGGGGCUUUCAGGCUGGGGUAAUGAUAGCAUGCCAUUCGAAGCACGACCGCGGAGGGGUUGAGGUUGGUGGAGCUGCAAUCAGCCCCCUAGCAGUUUUGAGGUUGCCAUUUGAAGCGAUGUUCAAGCUUUCUCCUACACGCUUUGUAGGUACUCUAUGCAUGAUCUUUGUUAUGGAGUCAAGCUGAUUAUUCUCGUGCGGGUGCCAGAUCAGUGGAUAUAUUUUUCUAUGGUUAUGUCUAUAUAAUUUUUUUGGAGCGAUCUCUGUGGAGAAGAAGAGUGAGAGAAUAACCUUCUCUGAGUUUGGAAGUCGCUACUUUUGCCUCCCAUCAUCAUUCCUUGAGUACUGCGUCGUCUUUUCCGUGCUUGCAUGGCGUAACAGCCAGCCUGAACAUCCUGGUGUGUUGCAAUGGCAAGAACAUCAUCAAGGUUGCCCGCCACGUUUGGAUAGGCAUUCAACAAGUUCAAAACAUCUGCCUGUACCAAGUGUACAGUAACUCGCGAAAGUGAUCCUCUUGGGCUUGGCUUGUCAUGGAUUUGUUUUUAGUUUGGUGUGUUAAGCAAUCAAACUCUAGAGAUCUCGUCAUUUACGGUGGGAAACCGCGGUCCAGAACUUGGUAGAAGGCUCUAUUCCUCCUCUCUGACGAUCCCAACACUUUGGUGUGGGAAUGAUGUACAGUAGUCCAGGGUGGUGGAAUUGGGGUUGGAGGAACUUAGAGAGGGGAUGCGUUGAGUUAGGAGCUUGGGCUAAGGCAUCAGGAGGCAUGGUGAACUCAGCGGAGACCGAAAAGAAGUCUGAGCCAGCAAAUGCCAUGGGCGCGGCUCGUUUCUUAUUGUUCCUGGUGCUGGUGGUCGUCACCACGUGGCUGUUCUUGCCUGUCAGCCUAUUAGGAUUCAUCUGUUUGUGCAGCUUCAUCGUCCUCGUCAUCAAGGAAGAAGUACGAUACCGGGCGGAAGAACGAAGUCGAAUGGAUGACGCAGAGCGGAGCAGGGUCAAUAAAAAACGGACAUGUGAGGAGGGAGAGUCAUUAAGAUGGCUAAACGAGGGCAUGAAGAGAAUAUGGCCGAUGAGCACGGAGUUUGCAUCAACUUAUUUUUUUGGUCCAAUGGCUUCGACGUUUCUAGAUAAAUACAAGCCUCGGGGGUCGGGGUUGGUGGAAGCGACGAUAGAUGUCAGCACUUUGUGCCUUGGAAACACGCCACCAGAGUUCUAUUGCAUUCAGACGCUUGAGCAAUCUAUGGAUGGUUAUGAUGUGGCAUACGAGGCAAGGAUGGUAUUCCAUGCCGAUGAGCGCAUGACUGCUCAGAUGAAGGUAGUUCUGAAUUUUUUAGGGACGUACAAUAUCUACAUCUCAGGUCUGCGAAUUGAGGGAACGGUGUGUAAUGGUUCUUGACCAUCUCCGUGUUCGACAGUAAUCAUGGCACAAUGUUCCCCUUGUCUUGUAUUGGCAUGCUGCUUCUGCACCAACUUCUUUUGUUCCGCUCGCAAAAAAAAUGAGAUGAGGAAUCAGACCUGCAAUCAUAGUCCUGUUUUAGGUGUUAUCAUGAAGGCAGCUUGUGCUGUCAACUGGCGACCAAAUUCUUUUCUCAAACUUUCAGAUUUGAUCCUGUACAAAGUCUGAGUUUGGCAGCCUCUUGGCGGUACUGAAAGAACAUUAUACCUUGCAAGAGUAGCAUAACUCAUUUUAAUAAUGGGACCAUUCGUGUUCAGAGUUUGUCCAAACGCUUUAACAAGUCAUAGCUGUGCGAGAUUGCAGGUCAGGAUAUCAGCGAAGUUUCUGAAAGGUUGGCCAUUUGUCAAGCAAGUGCGCUUCUGCUUCAAAACUAAGCCUGAAACUGUAGACGUGAAAUAUGGGUUUAAGUUCCUUCGUGACGUGAGGAAUGGCUAUGUAAAGC